AUGAAAUUGAAGGUGGAAAGAAAUCCUAACCUCCGCGACAAAGAGACGAGCAAAGGGAAAUCGUGCGACACUAGGUGGGGAUUUUUACCUGGUUAUGUCUGUAUCUACCUAUGCAAGGCCACGACUGCUAAAGUGGUUGCCACCAGGGAGCUUGGAGAAAUAAAAAUUCCAGCAGAGAGA